AAUUUGCUGUUUCAACUACAAUUUUUGCUUCAAGUCACCGGUAAACAUGGAAAAAGGAAAACAUGCACGCAGACCCGAAAAUAAAUCAAAACAAUCCAUAGACAAAAGGAGAAAGAAUAGCGAUAAAUUUAAAACAUUCAUAGGCAACAAAUCCGAAGGCCAAGGAUUUGCGGACAAAAGAAAGAAGAAAAUCCAGUAUGAGUACAAGAAGAUGUUGCACAAAAUGAAGACACAUGGAGAACUCGGACCAAAGGGAUCGUCUUCCAUGGGAUCUUCCUCCAUGGCUCUCUAUGGCAGCAGGCAAGGGCAAGGGAACAAUGAGAAAGGAAAGAGCACAUUCUCACGUGCACAGGAGCUGAAUGAAGAGCGCAAAGAGAGAAAGAAACAGAAAAAGAAGGAAGCCCUAGUUAGAAAGCAAGCCCAAGACGAGGCAUUGACCGCCUACCAGAAACGCAAGAAGGAUACAUUCAAGAAGAUUUGCAAGCGUACAAGCAAGGGUCAACCAGUGAUGAAAAAUCAGAUAGAAUACCUGUUGCAGAAGAUAGAAAAACAGGUCAACCAGACAUGAUGGUGCUAAAUAAUUGUGGUUUGAACAGUGAUAGUUGUGAUAUACAUAUAUGUUUUGGUCAUGGAUAGGUUCAUUGUAUGACAACUUUGUGGAUUGUUUUGUUUUGUUGGUGCGUAAUUUUGUUUUGGGAUCAUACAAAUCAGACAACUUGGGUUGUUUUGCUUUUUAUUAUAAAAAACAACAUGCUUAAUCUACAUAAAAUAAACAGAAAAAAUACAGAAAAUAAUAGUUGCAUUUAACAAUAUUAUACUAGUAACAGGUUAUGUUGGUGAGAUCCAAGACUUCUUAUGACUGUGUUCUUCUGGUUUGCAGAUUUCAUGUAAACAAUAGCUUUUAAAAAAGUUAAAAAGACACAUUUAAACUAAUAAAUCCUAGUUUAGUAAAUGAAAUUGAAAUGCAAAGGAUAUUUUUCCUGGUAUGAGGGCAUAUCUACUAUAAACUUCUCAAAGUCAAACUUAAGACCAUUGGCUUGCACAUCCUGUUUAAAGGCAUGUAGUGAUUGCUUGUUGAGAAGAACAUCUCACUGGAAGAAUUGUUAUUAUGCACAGGGAAUGUCUCCCAAGAAUAUCUAAGUACAGGGAAUGUAUAAGUACAGGGAAUGUCUAAGUACAGGGAAUAUCUAAGUACAGGGAAUGUCUAAGUACAGGGAAUGUCUAAGUACAGGGAAUGUCUAAGCACAGGGAGUUUCCCCUAAGAAGCAUUGCUAGUAUGUACAGGGAGUUUCUAACCAAGGAAAUAUCUAAGCACAUGGAAUGUCUCCUAAGAAGCAUUGCAAGAAUGUACAGGGAAUGUCUAAAGCACAGGGGAUAUUUAAGGACAGGGAAUGUCUAAAUACAGGUAAUGUCUAAGCACAGGGAAUGUCCCAUAAGAAGCAUUGCAAGUAUGUACAGGGAAUAUCUAAGCACAGGGAAUGUCUAAGUACAGGGAAUGUCUAAGCACAGGGAAUAUCUAAGUACAGGGAAUGUCUAAGUACAUGGAAUAUCUAAGCACAAGGAAUGUCUCCUAUCUCUUAAAAAGCAUUGCUAGUAUGUACAGGGAAUAUCUAAGCACAGGGAAUAUCUAAGCACAGGGAAUGUAUAAGUACAGGUAAUGUCUAAGCACAGGGAAUAUCUAAGCACAGGGAAUGUCUAAGCACAGGGAAUGUCUCCUAUCUCUUAAGAAGCAUUGCUAGUAUGUACAGGAAAUGUCUAAGUACAGGGAAUGUCUAGGCACAGGGAUUUUCUAAGCAUAGGGAAUGUCUCCCAAGAAUCAUUGCAAGUAUGUACAGGGAAUGUCUAAGCACAGGGAAUGUUUCCCAAGAAGCAUUUCAAGUAUGUACAGGGAAUGUCUAAGCACAGGGAAUAUCAAAGCGCAUGGAAUAUCUAAGUACAGGGAAUGUCUAAGCAAAUGGAAUAUCUAAGUGCCAAGUACAGGAAAUGUCUAAGUACAGGGAAUGUCUAAGCACAUGGAAUGUCUAAGCACAGGGAAUGUCUUGAGCAUAGGAAUAUCUAAGCGCAUGCCUUAGUUCAGGGAAUGUCUAAGUUUAGGGAAUAUUUAAGCACAGGGAAUGUCUAAGGACAGAGAAUGUCCAAACACAGGGAAUGUCUCCCUGGAACCAUUGUUAGUAUGUACAGGGAAUGUCUCCCUGGAACCAUUGCUACAUGAAUUGUUACAUUUAUCAUUAGACAGUACUAUGCUCUUCUUUUUUAGUAUGUUGUUAAAAUUUUAUUUGUCUACGCCAAAAGACAAUUUUCACUAGAAAUAAUUUAAAUUCAUGAGGUGCAAGUCUUUAACAACAUACAUUACUGGUUAAAUCACUUAAGACACACAUGGUAUCAUACUAAAUGUCUUUAAUGACACACUAUUUUGAUUUAUGAUGUUAGUUUUCCAUCGCGCCAUGAUACUUCAUGUUAUCGGAGUGAAAUAUGGCCGUAUUGCACGGCAGUGACACACUGACUACCAUAUUAAGCAAAUGUAUUGGGUGCAGAGUUAUGAAGGGUAUAUGAUAAAUGAAAUAUGUAUUGGUUGUCUAACACUUGGGACAAGCAACGUCAUGUGCUAAUGUGUAGUAGAAUUUCAUCUGUAUACAAACAACAUAUGGACAUGGCUGUUACUGGAGAGUUGUAUGUUAUCCUUUAUAGAUAUUUGCAUCCAGCUUUCAGGAUCUUUACAGCGUUUUCUAAGAUGAUAGCUGGAGAGUUGCAGUCAUUGUCGUAGGCUGUGGAUUAAGUUCUGGAUAUAUGUUAAUUAAACCAUUACAUAUAAAUGAAAAAAAUAUAUAUUUUAAUGUUUGUGUUGGAAAUAAUGUUAUAGCUUGAAUUAAACUAUUUUGAAAAUGAACUAUCAAAUAAAAGAAAUAA